ACCUGAUCCAGUGUUUCCAGGAUUUUCAGGGCCGAUGAUGGAAGCAGAACCAAGAGCUUGUUCUGACCAGACUGUGGUCAUCCUUCAUGCCAAGGUGGCUCAGAAAUCCUACGGCAAUGAGAAAAGGUUCUUCUGUCCUCCACCCUGUGUGUACAUCAGCGGUCCUGGCUGGAGGACCACUCAGGAUCAUCUCAAAGCUGCAGGUUUUGGGGAAUCCGUCUACCGUCUGUACGGAUACAUGUGUCUGGACUCGUCUUCUCACUCCCAGGCCGACGCCUUCAAACUCCUCUUUGAGGAACAGAGCGGCUCAAAG